AUGCUGGAUAAUAGAGUACAUUACAAAAGACAAGUAAAGGAAAUAACAAAGACUGCGGAUGCUGAAGUCUUGUUGACUCCGGAUGCUGAGAUGAUUGCUGAUGGUGAACGGUUGCGGUUGAAAGAUGAUUGCGACGAAAGAAGAGCGAUAUGCCGGUACAACGAAAAUGAAGUUUUGCCAAAUGUCGAAGGAGUAGCCGUUGGUACACAAGAGUAUAAGGGCUCAUAUUCAGCCCCGUUAGAGUUUUCUCACGAUGAUUUGUUUGAUGAAUCAGACGAUGAUUCUGAUAUGUUCGUCGAGAGUGAAGAUUCCGACGACGAGAGUCACGCUGGGGAGAAUGACGAAGACGAUCAAGAUGAUGACGAAGACGAUGAGGGUGACGACGAUGAUUCCGAGUGA